GUGGUAAUUGCGGCUCUGGCAGGUCCUCAAUGGCUCACGACUGAGGAGAAAAUAUCCAAUCUAUACAGAAACAAUGGGACGAUGUCGAAUAGCUUCAAUUACGGCUACACUACAAUGUACACUAAAUCCAGCCUGUGGAACCUUUGCACCUCAGCAACAGCCAGAGAUUGGAAUUGCUCUUCCAUCAAUUUCUACCCAGCGAAUGAAUACAGUCCAAAUAUUCAUGAUUCUACAAUGGCUAUUUUAUAUACAAUCACAAAAUCAGCGCCUUUCUUCGUCAUUUCUGCAGUCAUUCUUUUACUUGGUUUUGGACUCUUUAUAUUGGAAACAUGCUCACAUCAGCACAGCAUUUCUUAUUUCAUCUCUGGUGGUCUUUUCAUAAUAUCUGGACUUCUAAUGCUCAGCGGAUUGAUAAUGUACAUUUCAAUCUUCAAAUCAGAAGUUGGCUUUAAAUUGCGACCGAAAUCAGCCUAUUUGCCACGACUCUUUAACUUUCAGUACGGCCAAAGUUUUUAUCUCUACAUUAUCGGCUUCAUCUGCACAGAACUCAUUGGAGUUGUGAAUGUUUUUAACUACAUUUCGCUGCUGCAAGUGGGCGAAAAGAGGAAAAUUCAGUGCAUGAGCUUCAAUCCGAGGGACAUAAAAUUCAGCAAUUUCGAAGAUUUCUUGCCAGUAUUUCCAUGCAGAAAACAACAAACCAUCCAACCAAGUGCGCGAUAUUCAUCUCAUCAGAACAAGUUGAAUCCGCGUGAAUCCAUAUUCGGAUAUCCUCAAGAAUUUCCUAUAACUCGAACGCUAUCGUCAACAUCAGAUAUUAUUGUUAAUAAUCGUGACAUGUUUUCAUCAAAUAAGAGAUAUGAGAGGGAAAAGGACCAGAAAUCGUCACUGAAACACUUCUUUCACGGCUCAAAGGCAAAAACAGCGAAGGAGGAGGAAUUGAUUAAGGAAGCCUCUCGCAAAGCCGGUCGGAAUUUCAAUCCGCACAGCAUUUACUACAUUGAAGACAACACUUCUGGCACAGACGGAACCAUUUAUGUUGUUGAAGCUCAAUCCAACUUGAACAAUCAGCAAUCGGACAUUAGUAUUCACAGAUCUAAAUCUUUUCAAUCCAAUAAACUCUUCGACGAGCGCGAAAUCGAUAAGGCUGCUCAGAAGCAAUUCUUCAAUUCGGACGAAAAGAUGUUGGCCAAUCCCAGAUUCUAUCCCUUCGGCAUGGAUGAGAAGCAUAGACACAAGAGUGCGUAUCAAAGUCGCACUCUUCCUCGAGACUUCCUGAAGCGCAGCAAUCAAUUCACAGAUGAAUUCUUCACAGGACGACACUGCCAAUAUCCCUAUGGCGAUGCCUUCGACAAUACAUUUGUGCACAAAUCAAUCGAUGACUUUAUUCACAUGAAUGAUGAAUCAACUCAGCACAGUAAUCACUGGCCAAAGUGCAUUCCAACUUCCCCUUCUGCCAUCUCCACUAAAUCUCAUUACAUCCACCGCAAUCUAUCCGAUGUUAAUUAUGCAAAUAACAUUUUCCACCAGCAUCCCAGGGCAAUUAUUCAUCACGUACCAUCUUCCGAUGAGUUCUCUACGUUCGAUUUGGACCAAAUUGAGCGUGAAAGACGCAAAUCUCACGCGAAUCUUUUCGAUUAUCGCAAUAAGUACGAUAAUGCUAAAAGUACUCCAGUCUAAUUGCAGCAUCUUCACCGGAAAAUUAACAGCAUUGUACUAAAAUGUUACUUAUAUAAUUGUAUUUCUACUUAAUUGUUCUAAUAUCUUAAUUACUAUUUACGCUAAUCGUUGUAUACGGAAGAAGAAAUAAAGGAGAAGAAAAAAAAACGCUCUGCGUCUUGAGCAAAAGCUCUCUAAAAGCACAGUUUAUAUUGAGAAUUUGAGUGUCAUUGCAAAAAAUCACGAGUGAAUUGCAGAAUUAUGAUCCUCCCCAGUCAUCGUUUUCCUUGAAAUCAACGGAUGCUGAUUGGCAAUCUUGCAUAUAUCACGUUUCUCAAUUGCUGCACUAGUAUAGAUUCAUUUGUCUCAUUCCUCAGACUAAAUUUAUACUGAAUGUCUUGU